CGAACAGCAGGGAAAGAACUCACCGAAGUCCAAAACAUCGUUAUAAUAUAUGCACAAACUCUACGAACUGUUUCGGCUGGGAAACAUGCGGACGACUUCAAGCGUCGGGGGCACAAUGCUGUUUUCCUCGAAGAGGGCGAAGAAGGUGUUUAGCUCGCUCGGGAGCGAGGCGCUGGCUUUCCCGUUGUAAUCCGUAUGGAGUCCCUGCCUCAUAGCCUACGUCUUGUAUCUGAGCCUUUGAAUUGCGACUCCACCUUGUCCCUGUAUUGUCGUUUUUCCUCUUUGAUUGCUGGAGGUCGCAACUGGUAUGUUUGUAGGCUACACAUCCAUUUCCCAGUCUCCUUGCCAUGAUUAAAUGCAGUGGUUCACGCUUUCAGUUUUGCACGAAUGCUGCCAUCUAUCCAGGUCAUACAUAAAGUCGCUUGAAAUGUGCCUUUCGUCUAAUUAGGCAAGGAGUUCAAGGAUGGCUUUGUUUUGCAAUCCAAACUACUCUGCGCACGAAGCACUGAUGUAGCCUUUAUCAGAGGGUCUGAACUCCCGGUGUUCCUGACAAGUAAAUAAAGCGCAACUCUCUUAAAAUGGAUUUGCUGCGGAGAGCAGGGAGAGCCUGCAUUUGCGUGCGCAUUAGUUGUGACGUCGGGCAAACGAAUCACAAGACUGGAGGACCAGUAUUGAGCUGUGUUUCGGGUGUAUUUGUGUGUGACUGUGGAAACAUGUCGGCAAGGAUGGUGCACACCGGAGGACCCGUGUCAAUGAAAUCCACCAAAACUUAAAGAACCAGUGCAAAUUGUGCAAUUUCACCCUAUAAAGAAUUGGACAAACGCCGGCGUCCAGUUUUACGAUUGUAUUAUCGGUCUACUGACUCGUGCGUUUUAUUCAGUGGCAGAAUUAUCCAAAACGAAUGUUGGAAGAAUAGUCUCCAAAAGUAGACACGGGACGUCGAAAGUGGAGAGAAGGUCUCGGCAGGUAGAGACGGCCGCUCGCUCUUGGAAUGUUAUCCGUACUCUCCUAUGGCAGACUGGUUGCGAGGGCUGUCCUUGGUGGACUCUCUCAAACUGAUGGUCGGGACUACAGUCUGGUUACCGCUAGCUGCGGAUUUGGGAAAGACUUUCGUAAGGGGAUCUUGAAGAAAGGGAUGUGUUACGGGGAUGACGCUUGUUUCAUUGCCCGGCAUAGGUCCGCUGAUGUCUUGGGUGUGGCGGAUGGUGUAGGUGGAUGGAGGGACUACGGGGUGGACCCGUCCCAGUUCUCUGCCACCCUGAUGAGGACAUGUGAGCGACUGGUGAAGGAGGGCCGCUUCACCCCCAGCAGCCCUGUGGGCAUCCUCACCUCUGGCUACUAUGAGCUCCUACAAAACAAAGUACCCUUGCUUGGUAGCAGCACAGCAUGUAUUGUGGUCCUGGACCGAAGGAGCCACCAACUGCACACGUGUAAUCUAGGGGACUCUGGUUUCCUGGUGGUGCGAGGGGGAGAGGUGGUGCACCGCUCCGAUGAACAGCAGCACUACUUCAACACCCCUUUCCAGCUGUCCAUCGCUCCCCCAGGGGCAGAGGGAGUGGUACUCAGUGACAGCCCUGAGGCCGCUGAUAGCGCCUCCUUCGAUGUCCAGCUGGGUGACAUCAUCCUGACCGCCUCGGAUGGCCUCUUCGACAACAUGCCCGACUACAUGAUCCUGCAAGAGCUCAAAAAGCUCAAGAGCGCCAACUAUGACAGCAUCCAGCAGACGGCACAGAGCAUUGCAAAGCAAGCACACGAACUGGCCUAUGACCCCAACUACAUGUCCCCUUUCGCUCAGUUUGCCUGUGACAAUGGCCUGAAUGUAAGAGGGGGGAAGCCUGAUGACAUCACGGUGCUGCUGUCCAUUGUGGCAGAAUACACAGACUAAGUGUGUGUGAUGCUUAUUGGAUCCGUUUACUUCCCGCCAUUCAAGUCUUCCACCUGCCUCCUUCUCAAGUGCACUGGUUCCUGUCGGACAGACUGCAGCUCCCCCCCCCCCCCCCCCAUAUAUCCCCUCACUGACCUUCCUAUCUCACCGCCACAACAUGGAACACAAACUCCUCACCACAGAUUGUAGCUCGAUCUGUAUUCUUCCAUUUUGUUUCGGUACUGUAUUAGUGAGAGGAGGCAGGCAGCUAAGACUUUCUCGUGUUAAUCGUGAUGCACACGGUGUAGAACAGCACACUGCUUUCUUCCCAUUCUCCCAUAUCUUAUUUCAAAACAUCACUUAAUUGGGACUGAGACCGAAGUGCAGUCCUGAAUGCAGGGGGGGGGGGGCCCGAUACGGGGAUAGAGUUGGGCUUGGUCACCCUGAAACAAGCAGUGGUAUUAUAAGUAAAGUAAGCCAUGGUUUGUGGUUGUUAGGGAGAUUUGAAUGUCUGUGUUGUAAAUGUCGUAGCUGCGUGAUGAUCUGUUCCAAGGCUUCUAUGUGUGUGGCUGGAUACUAAGACUGGGGAAUUGAGCGGGACUGUGUUGUUGUGGGUUUUAAAGAGGGUUGUGACUUGUAAUAAGAAAGGAUGUAGAUGCAGUAAGAGUUUGGUGUUGUUGUCUUGGACUUGUAUGAAGGGGUAGCUGGCCAGUACCAUUUACUAGUGCCUCUAGCAGGGAUUUCUCCAGAGUGCCACCUAUAGGCUAGUCUGAAAUGUCACCACAUUGAGGUUACUGAAAAGUUCUGCCAGUGCACACAGCCGCAUGGAUUUGUAAAUAUUGUUUGUUGUGAAACAAGGCAGUGUGUCUUCACUUUGACGCUGAUAAGGAUGCAAAGGAUGAUCAUUUUGCUUUGUGACAGAUGUGUACGAGCGAGCAUUCACAAUCUAUAAAGGUAAAUAUUCUCAAUCUCUCCCUUCCGUGGGCCGAAAGAACCACGACAUUGACACGUUUGACCCGGUAGUAGUGUCAGAACUAUGACAGCAUGUCUGCGUGGCAUGUCUUUGUCGGCAUGUGUGCGUGCGUGCGUGUGCACUAAGUGGGUGUAGGUUCUUGUUUGAAUGUCUUUGCUGUUGAUACGUGUUAACUUGCAAAGCUAAUGCUAGCAUCUGGGAAUGCUUUCAACCGUACCAAUAGGGCAGGUAUGAAUUAUAUAUAUAAAAAAACAAAGAUUUAUUUUUAUAACUUUAAUGUUAUUAGUUUGAGAGCCAUGAUGUGACGGUUGAAAUGUGUCAUCCAACAUAUGGAUUCACCGUGUGAUUCUUUUGUGACGCCUUAUAUAGCUCCAUGGAUGGCAAAUAUGAAUCAUACCAUCUUACUACUCAGUAGGAAUCAUACCAUCUUACUACUCAGUAGGAAUCAUAUGUGGUCUGUGUGGUGGGUGUGUCAUCUCAAAAAAUAUUUUUCUAGAUUUGUUCUGUCUCCCAAUAAUGAUUUACUUGCUGCUUUUAUUUUGUCAGUUCAAUGUGUUUGACUGUACAUUAUUUAUGUGAAUGGUGUGUGUGCGCCAUUUUGUUAUUUUUGAUCAUCCUGUACUGGUCUUGGCAUGCUGUUGGUUUUUCUGCAUAAUAGCAGAAUACACACACCUCUCUUCAUUGUUAGCCAGUGUUUGCUCUGUUAUGAUUAUGAAGCCAGUGCACCAAAGAGGAGUAUUCACUAUCUUUUCCCCAUUGAUUUCAUCUGGGUUUGGAGUAAAACAUGCACCAAUACUGUAACAUGCACCAAUACUGUGGGGAAUGAUGCCCAGUUGUAUUUUUGGUGCAAAACAGUCAGAAGACCACUAAGGUGUAUUUUUAUUUGUGCCUAAAAUGCAAUGUGACCAGAACAGGGGCUUGGUUGUAUUGGCAUCUCUAGUUCUAUGUGACAGGUAGUCUGUGAGCAACAAACUACAAUGCAGGCUUUUGAAUCCUUAAUGAAACCAAAGAAGGAGAGCCAAACUUCACAAGCAUGACCAGGGUACAUUUAAAAAAAAAUCUAAAACCUGCAGUCAGGCUAACAUGGCGUAAUGGAGACCAAUUAAGUUGUCACUAUUUAUCAUCUUGCGUAGUUUUGCAUAAAAAUUAUUUGAAAGAACAUCAAGCAACCAUACAGGCAAGAUCAAUGGGUACAAUUAAAUGUAUGUUUGUGUACUAAAUACUAUUUCAAUUUGGUUUAAGUACAUUUUCUGUAGCCUUUGACUUCAUUUCAUGAAUAUCGUCUGUCCUAUGCAUUCUGUAUUUGCAUGACAAGCUGUCUUUGUCCCAGCUAUUUGAACUACUGGAAUUUGCUUACCUGCAAAGGUGCCACUGUCGCUCACAGCUUGCCUCGCCUCCAAAUGUCUGAUCAACUCCCCUUAAAGGUUGUCCUUCAAACACUUAAAACAUGCACCGACGUUCAUUGGUCAUUCUCAUAUUUCCAGUUUGCUCUUUCUGCCAGUCUGGGGGUGCACUGUGUUUAAUGAAUAAUUACCUGAUCUGAUUUUGAGAGAGUCAACGUCUAUGGUUUAAGGAGACACUGUGUUGAAGCAGGAAGGGCGAUGCAGGUUGAAGUGCUUUUUAUUGAUAAUGGUGAGCACCGAUUCCGCCUUAACAAAUAGAUGUAUCUUGUAUGUUGCUCAAUGUCAAUUAAGUCCCUCUAAUUCUGUCCACGCUCUUGACAGUUUUUCAAUGGUGCUUCUGCUCUCAAGACGAGGUCUGUGUGUUUUUCUCUAAGCAAUGUUUGUGAGUAUGAAAGCUACAUGUGUGUGCGCAGUGUAAUAAUGCAGGACUAGGUUCUGUAAAUGUGUUUUCAAAGUUGCAAAAUAUUUAAAUAAAGAAUAUAGUAUUUAUACUAAGAUGCAUGCCUCUGAGUUUUUGUGACUAUGCAUUGAUUAAAGGCUUUAUCUGGAAUUUCA